CUCCUCACGCUCCCGGCACAAGGGCGGGGAGGAAGGACGGGCCGCGACGUGGAGGGUCCUGCGCGCCGCUGACGAGCCCGUGCGAGCCGGCGGCCGAGCGCGCCCGUCGGAAAUUCGGGUUUCUGGCCGCCGGGGACCGGCCGAGGCGGAGCGGACAGCGCGUGGAGAGCAUGGGGAGGACCUCGGAGCGUAACCCCAGACUCCCGGGGGCGGCGGCCGCGCGAAGGACAGUUUUUGAGACAGUGUCCUUGAGUUCAGACUCUGUCUUCCAGAGGGCAGUUUCAAUUCUCCAUACUUCUUACUUGGACUCUGCAUCUGAGCAUGGUUUUCAGUACAGUCAAGUGACUUUGGUGAAAAAUGACAUUUUCUUAAACGAGUACAAAACUUUUUACCAAGAAAAAAAAGCAAGUAACUAUACUCAGGAAGAACUUCAAGAAACUUACGGGUUUCUUCUGUUUGAAACUGAAAAUCAGGCAAAGUUGGUAUGUCAGCGUGGACUCUGUAUUGGCAGCAGUGCUAUCAGCACUUUGGGUGACCCAGCAAAAGGUGUAUAUGUUUCCAAAUAUUCAGACUGUCUUCAUGCAAGACCAUGGUAUCAUGGGAAGUCUGGUUAUGUUAUAAUUUUUAAUCUAAUUAAGGGAAGAGUCAAGUUUGUGCCUGAGAAUUAUACAACUAACUAUACUAGCCCAUCAUCUGGCUAUGAUUGCCACGUGGCUGCAAAUACUAAUAAGGUUUCUCACAGGACGAGUCAUUUUCGAGCCUUUGAACUGAGUCAGUAUUACCUCUAUGAGCUUUCAGGCAGCACUGCUGUUGAGCGACCCAGGCAGAUCCACCCGUAUGUGAUCGUAGCAUUUCAGUACAGGGAGCCUAAAAAGAUGGCAGCGCCAGCCCAUAAAAGCAUACUUGAACUCAGUGAAAAUGUUCUCAUCUCCCCGUGGAAAGGGAAAUUAACUAUUCAAGGCUGUCUGCUGUGUGAUAUAACUCUUUGGUCUUCUUACGGCACACUGGUUUCAGCACAACUACCACAUGAACUAGAUUUCAAGUAUGUAAUGAAAGUGUCGUCUUUGAAAAAAAGACUACCAGAAGUUGCCUUUAGAAAACAGAAUUACUUGGAACAAAAAGUCUCUUACCAAGAUAUGUGCUUCAAUAUGUAUGAGGUGGAACUGUCAAACAAACAAGGGGAAAAAAUAGAUAAACUAACAGAAGUCAUUAAAAAUAAGCAGUUGGCACUCAUCAAAUGCUUAGAAGAUCAGGGCGUUUUCAUUUUGCUUCCAUCAUCAGCCUUAUUAUCAGAAACAAGUUUUGGCGACGAGCAGAUAGGACUGCAUGGGUUACAUGUAUUCCAUUCGUCCCGGGCAGCAGAGCUGAAAGACUUGAAAGUUGAAGAUGACAUUUCAUUGAAGGUGAUACCUAUUUUACCUGCCCUUAAUUGUGCCCUGCUAGAAGCAAAGAAGUCAUUCACUGAAGAAGGGCUGUGUCCAAACACAUUAGUAAAGCAUAACUUCCAAGAAUUGUACAAGGUGGACAGAAGUCUUUCAUUGACUGUUUCUCAGGAUGAAGUGAAAGAGACUGCGUUAUUUGGCAAGCUGUCCAAUGGUUUCGACUUGGUUCCUCCAGCUGAAAAGUGCCCUUUACAGUCUUUAACUCAGUUGAAGUCUUAUUUUUCAGACCCUAGUGGGUACAUUUUGGAAGUAUCUACUGCGUUAGAUUUACUGGCAGAGCGUCCACAGUCUCCUAGUAUUUUAGAUGGAAUUUGUGAUGCUGGAUUUUCUUUAGUUAUGACUCCAGAUCCUGAAUUUCUUGACUCAGAAGCAGAAGUAAGAAAAGAAACUGAAAUCGAAAAAAAUUCUGACAAAAUGUUUAAAGCAAGGAAGAGAACUGUGGCUCCGUUAAAUCCAGCAUCAAAUCUGAGAGUCCAGCCGAAGAGAAAGGCAAGCAUGCCGCCUGUGGUGCAGAGUAAAAGGGUGAACUUGUGCCGUCCCUUCCCCAAGAGAACUCCCGCUGGAACACACAAGGGCGCCACCUCUCCUGCCACUCUCAAAUUAGUCAAAGGACAGUUUCCUCAGAAAAGAAAAAGAGGUGCUGAAGUGCUGACUGCACAGUUUGUACAGACAACUAAAUUGGAUAGGAAAAACCAAGAAGCUCCUGUUUCUAAAGAUGUUCCAGUUGCAACGAAUACUAAAAGAGCAAGGAAACAAGAGAAAUCUCCAGUCAAAACUGUUCCAAGGGCUAAGCCACCCGUGAAGAAAUCUCCACAAAAACAGAGGGUAAAUGUAGUGAAAGGCAAUCAGAAUCCCAGAAUCAGAAAGCAGCCACAACCUGUUCAAGAAACUGCUUCACAGCUUCAAUCAGAAAUGUCAUCAGAUGGGCAAGAAGAUGCUAAGAGCAUAAAUAUAGCUCAACGAGAUAGUAUCACAGUGGCUCAGAAAGGUCCAGCUGAGGACUCCAUGGUCAACUGUGAUUCCCAGGCCCUAAACCUGCUGGCGGACCUAGCACUGAGCGCUGCCACCUCUGCCACACCAGCAUCUGAGCCCAGCAGCCUUCCCCCUUCCUCUGAAUUGCCACAGAACGAUGUGCUUCCUAAAGAACAUUGUCUGAGCAGUGCGUCUGACCAUGAAUAUCACAGAGGAGUUAAAAGUCAGAAGGGUGGACUGUUGCCUCAACCCUCGUCUGAGAAGAGCGACCCACCGUCAGGCUCUACCAUCGGCCAAGAGGGAGCAUGUGCGGACCCUGGCAGGCAGAGCCCUGUCGACGCCCAGGCAGCACUUCCUGAAGAAACACCAGAAGCUUCUGAUGCAAGCCGGAGCUCUUUUGUUGCCGUGGAACAUUCCUACGCCCUGCUUCUUGCAGAACAUUCAAAGAAGCUGCUGCAGCAGAGAGGGGUCCCAGGCCCCGCCUUUGCCAAGAAUGGCACAAAGGGCUCUGAGGCCGGAACCCCAGUGGGGAAAGUCAUGCCGUUCAGGCACCAGCAGAAUACUUCCCCUCUGCAGAAGCCUCCUGCGGACCUGCUGCUCAAGCACAAGGGCAGACUGCUGCCCUCCAGCCUGAGAGACUUUUCCUGCUCUCACACCGUGUCUAGCUGCGACGGCUCCUUUAAGGUCACUUUCAAAUGCGAAGCAAACUAUGUAUUCAGCUUAGACAGCAAAUAUACCAACAACCCACUGGAGAAAACUGUGCUAAGAGCAUUACAUGGGCCCUGGAACACGGAUAUACCUGAUAAUGUGGAAGAAGUGAAGCUUUUACUUCAUAUGUGGGUGGCUCUGUUUUACAGCAAUCAAAACAAAGUCAUACGAUCAUCCCGAAAAGUGGUAGAACACAGUAACCCUGCCAAAUUUGUGUCUAUAAAUAGCACAAUAGACUCUUUUGAAUUCAGUGAAAUUGAAGAUUCCCCCGGUGUGGACAGGUGUUCUGUAGACCCUCUGCUGGAGACGAAGGGAGCCCCUAGAGGUCAUAGUGCCGAAGCGUCCUUCCCUGACACCGACUCCUUGCUUCCUUUCAUUAAACCGCAUCCUGCAGAAGGCUUGGAACUCUGGGUACAGAAUGAACAGAAAGAAAUUUUUGCAAGAGAGGGUCAUCCAGGUACACCAGAAAGCCAGAAUUUCGUCUGUUCUUAUAAUAACGAGAUAAUUGAGGGAAAAGCCGAACAAGAAUCAUCAGAUAAACUUGUGCUUUCUGCUACUGGAAGUAUCCAAACGAAUGGACCUUCUAUUCCCAGUGAAGGUAAAACCUUUGAGCCACUCGAUAGCACAGGAGUGACUUCUUAUAAUGAUACGGUCACGCAAACCACAUUCACCAAGACUUGUGAUGGGAUCAGCAGUCAGUCAAUGAUUUGUCAGAAGUCUGUGUAUAGCACCCUUGAAAGCAAAGCUGACAUUUUUCAUGCAACAGUACAAGCAAAAACAAGUGAUUUACAGGGACUUACCCAGCAUGGCAGCCCCAUAAACAAAGAAUGUCAGCCUUCACUGGAAAGGAAGGACGAUAUGGGGGGUUAUGUAAUGCUUAAUCUGGAACCAGUUACUGUCACCUUUGAAAAGAAUGCCUGUUCACCAGUACAAACAGAAGUCGUGAAUAGAACUGGUAAACCUACAUCCUUUAACGUGGAGUCAGUGAAACAAGUGUCACCUGCUACAAGUCUUAAACAUCCGGGACCCACAUUUGAAAGGGCAGAGACACACAGUCUUACGGACAUUUCUUCUCUAGCAGCCUCAGGGCAGAAUGGUGCUCAGUGCCACCAUGCCUCUGCAGGGAGUGGAGAGACGCUUGCUAAGGAAACGUGCUCAUUACGCAGAGAGAUCCCUGUUCCGGGCUCACCACCGUCGUCUGAAGAUUUGGUGGUGGAGGAGGCCUUGCCACUAGUUAAGAGUUCUCAUCAUUCAUUGCCCAGAGAAGAAGUAAAACUCUCUCAGGAAUUUUUCCCGCAGCCUGAGCGUCUCUUUAGCGUAUCUUCAGAAGAGAUUAUGGAGCCAUCACAGGUUGAAGAAGCCUCAUCAGCAGCCUCUGCCACCUUAGAAAAAAAUUACUCCUUUAACUGCAUUCCAUCAAGAAGUAGUACAUCAGAUGGCUCUUUAGAAGUAAAGAGUGACGAGAGUGGUCUAAACAGUGAAAAUGGGAAUUUUAAAUCUUGUAAUUCAGUGUUUACCAAACCAACCAACCUAUCCAUAAGUGGAGAGGAAGUCAGCCUAGAGUUAGAGGACGAUUCUGACAUCGACCUAACUCUCACAAUGUCACCACCUACAAGUCCCAGAGGAGAAAUGCCAGCUGGUGAAAUAGAGCAACACCAGGAGGCCCUCUUAUCAAAGUUACAGCUCCAGGAUGUGGAUGAAGACAUAAUCGAGUCAGAAAGGGUGGCUUUCACAGAAAACGGAGAAGUGAAUUCUGCUGACUAUGCACCAGUGCUUCCCACAGGGUCAGAGAGUGAGGACAGAGAAGGUGACCGCUUCCGGGCGCUGACUUUAGUGCUCCCUAAAGGGGCUUGUGCCCUUGAGGUUGCAGAGGAGGUUAACAUCACCUCGGACUUUCCCUUUGGGUCUUUAAUUGAAGAAGUGUCACCAGCGUCUAGUCCUGAUCCCCAGGUGCCAGUAGAAGCAGCACUGCCGUCUCAGGUUGUGUCCCCACGCAGUUUAAAGCGCCCUGACUCACAAUGUGAGAAAAGUGAUACGUUCUCCCAGGUCGAGUCAGUGGAUUUGGCCGUCACAGACAAGGAACAUCCUUUUGUUGGUCCCGCCCACCCCGUGGGACAAGAUAACUUAGCUUGGGUUCAACAAGUGAAGCUUUCUGCCGAAAUGCCUCUCGUGUUCAAUGAUCACCCAGGAAGAAGAGAGAGACCUUUGACUCUCCUGGGUAGAGUAACUGAGGAAAUUGUCCCCAGUGAGCAUGACGAGGCUUUCUCUUUCUCAGAACAGGUGCCGUGCUGUGGUACAGAGUUAACCCAGCCUGCCUCAGUGGCUAGUUUUGGAACUGACUUAAAGACUUCGCUAGAAAAACUGGUAACAUCGGGAAAUCCAUUGCAGCCAGUUAGUAUAGAGAACAGACAUUCAGACUUAAAGCGCCUUGCCUGGGACACCAGUGAGCCUCCAUUUAGUUCUAGAAAGAUUGUGGAAAAUAAGUCUUUGGCUGACACGUUUGUUUCUACAGCCGCUCCCAGUGGUAUAGUGCAUGUGCCAUUAAAACAGACAAGCCCUAAAAGCAUUAAGAAAAGUCCCUUUAGCAGUGCUGUGGCAGCAGAUGAAGGCAGUGGCCUGCAGGCUCAGCCCCUGAGCUGUGCCGUGGUCAUGGGAGGUGUUACGCAGGCAUACGUGCACUCAGAGACCCCCACACUGGCUUCUUCCUCAGGGGGCGCUGCUGUAACCCAUUGUACGAGACCCAGUAACACAGGGACGGGGUUUCAGACACAGGAACUGUCAGUCAGGAUGGCCAGUUUGCUUAAUAGUGAGCCUGAAGCUGAGCUACAUGAAAAAGCCAUGGAUGUAGGAGGUGUCGGCUCUCAGUCAAACACCCCUCCAGAAGGCAAGCAGGAGACCAUGCACGUGCCGCAGGAUGUGUUGACAUGUGGAACAGAAGAUGUGGUGAAUGGCGGGCUUUUCCCCGUGUGUUUCCAUGCUGGUCCUUACCAAAAUACAGCCGUCAACAGUGAAAAUGCCAAGAAAGAGCCUCCUGCUACUUUUGGUGCCAGAUCUUGUACCCCUCUUGUUUGUGGAGUCUCUGAAGAGCAGGUGGAAGACAAGACCGUUGGUGAGGGGCUCAGGGCCGAGGACCCUGCAGCGCCGGGUGGGGACGUGGGUAUCAUUGCGAAUCCCCAUAUCCCUUAUGAACCCCUUUCCGGAGGCUCCGAUCAAGACAUUCCUGGUGAGUGCGGAAGUCUCCAGUUAGAUAUGGAGGGUUCCUGCACUUCGCGGUGUACUCACACCAAGAAGAAAGCGGCUUCAAAAGAUGGUUAUGACUCUUUCCUGAGCCUAAAUAACAGUGAUAAUGAAAGCUGGGGCUACUCUAACCGAGGCCCAGGGCUGGAGACCAGCGUACCUCCCAGAAACUGGUCCGUCGGAUUGAAGAAAGAAGGUCAGUGUGUGCCGCGUUACGUCCAAAUCAGGGAUUGCCACGGCAUCCCCAGGACUUACGCUAACUUUAAAGUAAGUAAGGAGCUCAGAGAGACCAGGAGGACGCUGCACUACCCAAAGUGGCACCCCAGCUUCACUGCACACGGCGGCUUGCUCAGCUCUUGGACAGAUCCUUGGCGGAUGGCAGAUGACCUUACCCAGAACACUUUAGAUCUGGAAUAUCUGCGUUUUGAACAUAAACUAAAACAGAUUGUGAAGAAUGGGGAUUCUCAGCGUCCUGCCUCUUCCAGCAGCGGCUUUCUGAAGGGGUCACCUCUACACAUUGCUGCUGGAGCGUUCCCUUUGACACGUGUACCCGAGGCCCCAGUUCUGUAUCCUGCAUCCCGGAGCAGAAGUCCCCUUGUGAUAACAGUCGUGCACUCGGAUGCCAGACAGCAGAGUCAGCACUUGAGAGGCCACAUGCCCAGCAGCUCGGACACAUCUUCCUUUUGGAAGGAGAGAGGUGGCCACGGUAGAAAUCAUCUGACAGGUUCUGAAAGAAGUCAGGCUGUUUCAUGCCACCUCAACAAACUGAAGUACAACAGCACUUUGAAAGAGUCCCGGAGCGACAUCGCACUCAUCCUCAGCGAGUAUGCAGAAUUCAACAAGGUGAUGAUGAAUCGCAGCCCGGUCGUCUUCCAAGAUAAAGAGUCAAAUGUUGCUUCUCGAGAAGCCGCAUCUCAAGAGUUGUACUCAUCUUCCCCAAGAAGGUCAGCCUCCUACGAAGACAUGAUCACGGACUUGUGUGCCAGCCUGCACAUCAAACUGAAAAGUGUCGUGAAAGACGCUUGCAAAAGCCCCUUCCUGUUCUACCUCGUUGAGACGGAGGACAAGUCCUUCUUUGUGAGAACAAAGACGCUCCUGAGGAAAGGAGGCCACACAGAAAUGGAACCUCAGCAUUUCUGUCAGGCUUUUCACAGAGAGCAUGACACGCUCAUGGUCAUCAUCAGAAAUGAAGAUAUCGCAUCACAUCUACAUCAAAUUCCUUCUUUGCUGAAGCUGAAGCAUUUUCCCAGUGUCACCUUCGCUGGAGUAGACAGCCCUGAAGAUGUUCUCAGUCACACCUACCAAGAGCUGUUUCGGACAGGCGGCUUUGUGGUGUCAGAUGACGGAGUAUUAGAAACUUUAACAUUAGUUCAACUGAAGGAAAUUGUAAAGGUCCUGGAGAAACUAAAUGGAAAUGGCAGGUGGAAGUGGCUGCUUCACUACAGGGAAAAUAAGAAGCUAAAAGAUGUCAGAAUGGAUUCAACUGCACAUAAGAAGAACUUAAUACUGAAAUUGUAUCAGAGCGCGAACAUCAUUGAAUUGCUUCAUUAUCAUCCGUGUGACUCUCCAUCGUCAACCAAAGCAGAACAUCUGAAAUGUCUGCUAAACCUGCAGACCCAGCACAUCCAAGCCAGGUUUGCUGUCCUCCUGACAGAAAAGCCUACUGUCUCCACAGAAGUCUUUGAAAAUAGUGGCAUUCUUGUUACAGAUGUAAACAGCUUUAUUGAAAAUAUACAAAAAGUUGCAGCUCCAUUUAGGAGUAGCUAUUGGUGAUUCAGCUGCAGCUUGCCUAGACGUCAGUGAUGUCAACUACAAAUCGAAUGUUCCCUUUUCUUUGAAAACUUCGAGGUACACAUGAGGCUUUUACAACUUGGGAGAAAGUUUUCCUGCUUUCGUUUUUGAUAUUCUGCUAAAAUGUCUGACUUCAUUCAGAGUGACAACCUUAGUUGUCCAUUAGCUUUGGGUUGCAGUGUUAAAUAUUUUGUUUUAAAUUAUUUUCAUUUUAAACAAUGCCUUGAAAGCUAUUGAACUCAAUGUUAAAAAUAAUUUUAUAAACGUGUUUACUCAAUUGUAGCAGAGUGUUUUAACCAACAGCUUUGUUUAUGCAUGUUAAUGUCAAAAAGGCCUAGAUGUAAUGCAUGUUAGAGUCUGUUCUUAAAGGUUUCACCACCUUUAUAAAAACUAUAAUCUUAACUGUUUUAUUUGCUAUUAUUCAAGCAACACUACAUAAAGUUAAACUUUUUUUCUAAGUGGUACGAAUUUAUAAACUGUCAUUUUUCACUUAUUCAGUUUUGUAUAUAGAGCACUACAAAAUCAACUCUUCUGAGGCAGAAAUAUUUAUAUUAGAAAUAAUUUCUACAAUCUUUAAAGUGUAAAACCAAGCAAAAAACGUUUGUAAGAUACAUAGUAUCUAUUUGGAACAAAGGUUUUUUUUUUUUAACUAAUUUGUUUCCAUUUUUUUUUUUUUUAAAUAAAGACAACUGAAAAC